AUAGCUAAGUUGGCAACAGUGUCAAUGUGCGUGUGUGUGUGAAAGGCAGGGGAAAAAGUCGCUCCAUUUUUCUCGUGCUCUCCUGCGUACGUUUGGUUUUGCAAAACAAUUUAAUGGCAAAUCGCCUAAAUAUUAAGAAAGUGUUGGCUUAAGUUGUAAAACAAAAGCAAUUACAAAAAAGCAGCAAGGGCACGUUAAUAAAUGUAUUAGUGCAUAAUCGCAUGCAUACACUUUCCAACUGCAGAAAUCGGCCUAGCGCUUGUGUGUGUGUAACUGUGUAUGUGCGCGCGUGUGUAAGUGAGCAAUGAAAAAUGAGGCGUAGGUGAGGAAUAUGUGCAAAAUUUCUGAAAAGCCCGUUAUGAGAUGAAAACAAAUACAGGGUCUACUUUCAAGUGCAGAUACAAACAACAUUGCAGCAAUCGAAGAGAAAAUCAAAUUAAAUAAUAUUUAACGCACGCGCCAAAUACGAACGGAAUUGUUUGACUACACGAUUUAAAUAAUAAUAAUAAGUUAAUAUUAUUGUUGUUCGUGUGUUGUUGUUGGCGUAACAUUUGCAAAAUACGUCAACGAUACAUUUACAAAAUUUUGUGGGGAAAAAAUGUGCAAAAGUGUGUUUGUUAAAUUGUUAGCCAAAAUUAUUUGUUUACCUAGUACUACAUAGAACGUAACUGCCUUUCUUAAUCUAACAUAAAAACAACAACAAAAAAUAACAACAACAAUUCGACGCAACAGGCAAGAAAUCAACAGAGUUAGCCAUUAAAGAAGAAAACGCUCAAAUUUAACAAUUAAAUGUCAAGCAAUAGCAAAAACAGCACUGAGACCACAGCAAAUACUAGAACAACAGAAAAAUCUGUAAGCUAACAACAACAACAACAACCAUAGAACAACAGUUAGGCAGUUGCGGCACUUUUGGGGCUGAAGGAGGAGAAGGAGAAGGAGCGCUACAUUCUUCCUGCUUUCAUUUCCGUAUGCAUUGGACGCAUGCGCGACAUGCGUGGACGUUAAGUGAGUGUGUGUGUGUGUCUCUGUGCGUGUGUGUGUCAGUGCACGCGCACAACAACAACAACAACAACAACAGCUAAACACAUUCAACAGCUUAAACAAACUCUCUGAGCAGCAAUUUCGCAUUUCAACAACGUUUUGGAUCAAUCUUAUCAACAAUCAAUAGCCGUUGCUAUUUGUUUCAUUUAUUAUCUUUCAAAAUUUUGUGGAAAGUGAUUGCGUUUUUCAAACUAAAUUCAAAGGAACGUGCCGAAUAUAACUCUACCAUCAGUAUCAGCCAGAACAACAACCACAACAGCUAAAAGUAAACAGCAACAGCAACAACAACAACGACGACGACGACGACGACAUAAUGCAGCGACGGGAGCGGCAAACCAGUGGCGGUGGUCCACAGACGACAACUGCCGGUCCAUCCGCUGGUAAUGUGGCUAACAAUACCAUCGUCGGUGGUAAAAGCGCAAGCAAUAACAUGUAUUCCACCCGCCAAUCUGUAAGCACCACCACUGGUGUCCUUAUGGUCGGACCAAAUUUUCGUGUUGGCAAAAAAAUUGGCUGUGGUAACUUUGGCGAAUUGCGUUUAGGCAAAAAUCUUUACAACAAUGAACAUGUAGCAAUAAAAAUGGAGCCUAUGAAGUCAAAGGCUCCGCAACUACACUUAGAGUAUAGGUUUUAUAAGCUAUUAGGAUCACAUGCAGAGGGUGUACCAGAAGUAUAUUACUUCGGCCCAUGCGGCAAGUACAAUGCUCUAGUUAUGGAAUUGCUUGGUCCAUCACUUGAAGAUUUGUUCGAUAUUUGCGGCAGACGUUUCACUUUGAAGAGCGUACUACUGAUAGCUAUACAAUUACUCCACCGGAUCGAAUAUGUUCAUAGUCGGCACUUAAUAUAUAGGGAUGUGAAACCAGAGAAUUUUCUCAUUGGCAGAACAUCAACAAAACGUGAAAAAAUUAUACACAUUAUUGAUUUCGGUUUGGCCAAAGAAUACAUUGAUUUAGAUACAAAUAGACAUAUACCAUAUCGGGAGCAUAAAUCCUUGACCGGAACAGCUCGUUAUAUGUCAAUCAAUACGCAUAUGGGACGCGAGCAGUCAAGGCGUGACGAUCUGGAGGCCCUGGGUCAUAUGUUUAUGUACUUCUUAAGAGGUUCACUGCCGUGGCAAGGCCUUAAGGCUGAUACACUCAAAGAGAGAUAUCAAAAAAUCGGUGAUACAAAACGUGCAACACCCAUUGAGGUACUUUGUGACAGCCACCCCGAAGAGUUUGCAACAUAUUUGCGUUAUGUACGGCGGUUAGAUUUUUUCGAAACACCCGACUAUGAUUUUCUGCGAAGACUGUUUCAAGACUUAUUCGAACGUAAGGGCUACACCGACGAGGGCGAAUUCGAUUGGACAGGGAAGACAAUGACCAAGGACCAGCUGGAUCAAAUGAAGGUCAUUAAAAAUGCGCCGCCUUCGUAUUUGGCCAAGAAUAAAUCCGAUAAGUCGACGCCCGUCGGAUCUCUGCAAACUGGCCAUGAAGUCAUCAUUUCACCAAAUAAAGAUCGUCAUAAUGUUACGGCAAAGACAAAUGCCAAAGGAGGUGUUGCUGCGUGGCCGGACGUGCCCAAACCGGGUGCGACCCUUGGCAAUUUGACACCCGCCGAUCGGCAUGGUUCAGUGCAGGUUGUGAGUUCGACAAAUGGCGAACUGAAUGCGGACGAUCCUACGGCCGGACACUCGAACACACCCAUCACACAGCAGCCCGAAGUAGAGCUUGUCGAUGAAACAAAAUGUUGUUGUUUCUUUAAACGAAAGAAGAAGAAAUCAACGCGCCAAAAAUGACUAGACGGUGUACAAUGUAGUCCAGAACGCGAGGCAGUCACAUUGCUGCGCGCCACUUCACAUUCAAACUCACGGGAUAGCGUAUUGAAUAAUCCGAGUCAGGAUUACAUACAACAAGCAACGUCGCAGCACACGUUGCGUUAUCCUCCAUCCGCGUCGAUGUUGACGCCAACACCAACUACAAAUACACCGACACUUCCGUUGUAAUUUAUAUAAAUACAGAAGAUAGAAAGCAAAAGCAAAAAUAAAUACAAAACAAAACAAACAAACAAACAAAAAAAAAAAAACAGAACCUAAGCAUUAAACACCAUAAAA